UCCAGAGUGAAACAUUGCUUUUGUCCAAACUGAGCAGAGAGACAACUGAAAUCCAGGUUCCCUCUAUGAACGAAGCUCUGUUAGCUAUCGAGUCUGAUCUGUUUUCCAGCUCCAGCUGUGUCAUCUCUGAGUCAUUGGAGUCAGACAGUCAAAACCAUGGCUUACCUAACAGCCCCCAGUUGAUUAAUGUCAAUGAACAAAGACUGACUUUCUUUGUCAGCCAAAUGGGUCUUGGGUCAGAGGCCAAGCCAAAAAACAUGAAGGUGCAUUUUACCUCUGCCACUGUGACCAAAGGCAGAGCACCAGUGGAAGUAGAGGCUAACAGUCUGAGUGAAAGGAGAGUGAAGAAGUCGCGAAGGAGACUCUUGGACAAAACUCUAGAACUGUCAUUCAGCAGCAGUGGAGCAAACUCUCCUCAAGUAGGCACCCCCAGCCUCCCUGUUAUUGACUCAACUUCAGGAUCAACCUCAUGUGACGGUCAACAGGUUCCACAGGCUUCACCCUCCAGCUUGACUCCAGAGCGAAAGUCAAUUUCUGCUCCUGUCGAAUCGCCCAGUGCUCCUUUUGGCCUCUCUUUAUCCCCGGCUCCCUCUCCCAUCCCUUUGCCUCUUAGUUCAUCUUCUCCUCUGCAGUACACAAUGUUUUUGGACUUACAAAUCCAACAACAGACAGCUACUGUCUCAGAGUGUUGCUCGGUCAAAGAGGACUUGUCACCAUUUCAUGCGAGGUUAAAUACCAAGAAGAGGAAGAGUGAGGAGCACCACAGCAGUGAUCGGAAUACUGGGAAAAUGUUCAGGACAACUUUGCUGGAGAUGCCACGAACGGGUCCGGAGAGGAGAGGUGUGACGCCACGAACGGGUCCGGAGAGGAGAGGUGUGACGCCACGAACGGGUCCGGAGAGGAGAGGUGUGACGCCACGAACGUGUCCGGAGAAGAGAGGGGUAACACCACAACAGAAAAAAGCAGGUGCCAGACCAGUGGGAAGGUCAAGAGUGGUCGCGGUGGCUCAGUCGAAGCUGACAUUCAUCAAGCCUGUGAAGACGGCUUUACCGCGACACCCCAUGCCUUUUGCCUCGAACAUGUUUUUUGAUGAGAGGUGGAUGGAGAAGCAGGAGAGAGGUUUCACAUUUUGGUUCAACUAUGUGCUGACACCUGAUGAUUUCAAAGUCAACACUGAAGUCAAUAAAGAUGCUGCAGUUUGUCUUGCAAUGGCCGCCAAAGUGAACCUGCUUGAAGCUCCUACUAAAGAGGACAUGUCAUUCAGCACGUACACGGCCCGGCGGAAGCUGAACCACCUUCGUCGCUCCGCCUGCCAGAUCUUCAUGUCCGAGCCAAUGGUGAAAGCCAUCCAGAGGCUGGAGGUGGAGGUGGAGGCUGGCCGGCUACGUGUUCGUGUCGAUCGCCACCUCUGGAAAGACAUUGGAGAACGAAAAAAAGUCCUCAACUGGCUGCUCUCCUACAAUCCACUGUGGCUCCGGAUUGGAUUGGAGACGAUCUACGGGGAGUUGAUCCCACUACAGAGCAACAGUGAUACACUUGGUCUCGCCACCUUCAUUCUCCAGCGGCUGCUCUGGAACCCGGACAUAGCGGCAAAAUUCAGACACUCCAGUGUGUCAAACUUGUUCAAAAACGGUCACGAGGAGGCGUUGUCUCGCUUUACUUUGAAGAAGCUGCUUCUCUUAGUCUGCUUUCUUGACAAAGCAAAGGAGUCCCGCCUUAUAGAACAUAAUCCCUGUCUGUUCUGUCAAGACGCAGAGUUCAAGACCAGUAAAGACCUGCUGCUGGCCUUCUCCAGAGACUUCUUGAGCGGAGAAGGGAUACUCCCUCGUCACCUGAGCUACCUUGGCUUACCUGUCUCCCAUUCCCAGAAGCCCCUGGACGAGUUCAACUUUGCCGUGAAAAACCUGGCAGUUGAUUUGAGAUGCGGCGUUCGUCUAGUGCGUGUGAUGGAGCUCUUCCUGCAGGACUGGAGUUUGUCGGAGAAGCUACGUAUGCCGGCCAUCAGCCGCCUGCAGAAAGUGCACAACGUCGACAUCGCUCUGCAGGCACUGAAAAGCAAAGGCGUCGACCUCAAGGAUGAUCACGGCUCCACCAUCGACGCCAGAGACAUUGUGGAUGGGCACAGGGAAAAGACCCUGGGACUCCUGUGGAAAAUCCUCCUUGCGUUUCAUCUGGAGGUGAUUUUGAAUGAAGAUGAGCUCAGGGAGGAAAUCUGCUUCCUGAAGGACACCUUCAGGACCAAACAGAGGUUGGUGUCUCUGAGAGCUGAUCAGAGGCCUGAACCGGGUCCUGCUGAGGAAACUGCAUCAUUCAAACACGACAGCAGAAAGAUGGUGCUGCUCAUGGACUGGGUUCGAGCUGUAUGUGACUUCUACAAGCUGAAGGUGGACAACUUUACUGUGGCAUUCUCGGACGGACGCGUCCUCUGCUACCUCAUCCAUCACUACCACCCCGGUCUCCUGCCAGCAGCAGCUGUAAGCCACAGCACAACACAGACUGUCGAGUGCUCGCAGCGGGGCUACCUCGAGCUGGACCUCUCUGCUAGUGACCCUGACACCUCCGCGGACUCUCUCCUGAACGGCCAUACAGGCAGAGAGUCUUGGUUGCUGGAGUUUGACAAACUGCUGAAAAACGAGAAGAACAACUUCAGGACAUUCAACACCGCUGUGGCUUACCUGGGAGGUGUUCCAGCCAUGAUAAACCCAGCUGACAUGUCCAACACGAUCCCGAACGAGAAGGUUGUGAUAUCCUACGUGUCCUUCCUGUGCUCUCGUCUGCUCGACCUGCGUAAAGAAAGCAGAGCAGCUCGAGUCAUUCAGAGUGCCUGGCGGAAAUACAGACUCAAGCAGGAAUUGCAGCUCUACAAGGAGAGAAACGAUGCAGCAGUGAAGAUCCAGCAGCUGGUGAGGAGCUUUAUGUGGAGACGCAGAGCUGAGAGACAGAGUCGAGCUGCUGUCAUGAUACAGUCGGUGUGGAGGGGUUAUGCAGCCCGCAACCGGAUGAGGCUGGAGAGAGAGGCUCAGCUUCGCACUGUACAACAUGAAGCAGCAAAGAUAAUCCAGGCAGCUUUUAGGUCUUACGCUGCACUUAGAGGCAUGAGAGUCAGGGCAGAGCUCAGGAGACGGCACCAGGCAGCGACUGUCAUUCAGUCUUCAGUGAGGAUGUUCCUUUGCAAGAAGAAGUUUCUCCUCCUCCAGCAUGCAGCCGUUAUCAUCCAGAGCCGAUACAGAGCCCUUCAGCUCUGCAGGGCACAACAAAAGAAAUUCACUGAACUGAAGCAGUCUGCAGUAAAGAUACAAGCUGCAUUCAGGGGUUACAGAGUUCGGCAAAACCAGAGGAAGAGGCACAAUGCCGCCACAGUAAUCCAAGCUCAGUUCAGGAUGUACAGAGUGCAUACAGCUUACCGAGCGCUAAAAUGUGCUGCCAUGAUCAUUCAGGACCGCUACAGGGCCAAGGUGCUGAAGGAAAGGCAGAUUCAGACAUACAUGGCAAUGAAAUGUGCUGCUGUUGUCAUCCAGGCAGUGUACCGUGGCCAUCUGGUCAGGAGGAAGGUGGCAGAGAUGCACCGGGCCGCCACACUCAUCCAAAGAAAGUUUGUGACCAUCAGAGAAAGAAGGCGAUUUCUCGCCGUCAAAGCAGCAGCUUUGGUCUGCCAGCGUUGGUACCGAGCGGUAACGCUGGCAAAAACACAGCGCCUUGACUAUUUGACAAAGCUCAGAGCAGUUGUGUGUUUGCAGGCGGCCUAUAGAGGAUUCAGAGUGAGGAAGCAGCUACGUAUCAUGCAGACGGCAGCUGUAACAAUUCAGUCUCACUUCAGAAAGUUCCAACAGAGGAGAAACUACACGAGACUCCGCUGGGCUUCCACUGUACUGCAAGCACGUUACAGAGCUAACAAACAGAUGAGGGCAGACAUGCACUCCCUGAGUGCCAAGAGAAACGCCGCUAUCGUCCUACAAGCUGCCUUCCGUGCAAUGAAGACCAGGCAGAAGCUCAAGCAAAGACAUCAGGCUGCCACAGUUAUCCAGAGAGCUCACAGGGCCUUCUGUGAACGUGAGCGCUACCGCCGACUGAAGUCCUCCGUUCUUGCUGUGCAGCGCAGGUACCGGGCCAAUGUGGCAAUGAAGAAACAGAGAACAGUGUUUGAGCAAACCCUCAGAGCAGUCGUCAUCCUGCAGUCGGUGUACAGAGGACAGCUGGUCAGAAAGGAGGUAGCCUGCCAGCAUCACGCUGCCACUGUCAUUCAGUCUGCAUUCAGAAGGCACAGAGAAGUCGUCAGAUUUCAGACCAUGCGCCUGUCAGCCAUCAUCAUCCAGAGACACUACCGCUCCUACACUCAACAACAGAGAGCACAGCUGGAGUUCAGAUCCAUGAAAUCAGCAGCUGCAGUCCUUCAGCAGCAUUACAGAGCCUUUGUGACUGGAAGAAAGAUUAGGAAUGCUUACCUGCAGAAGAAAUCAGCGUGCCUUAUUCUCCAAGCUGCGUUCAGAAGCAUGAGAGUCAGGGCAGAGCUCAGGAGACGGCACCAGGCAGCGACUGUCAUUCAGUCUUCAGUGAGGAUGUUCCUUUGCAAGAAGAAGUUUCUCCUCCUCCAGCAUGCAGCCGUCAUCAUCCAGAGACGAUACAGAGCCCUUCAGCUCUGCAGGGCACAACAAAAGAAAUUCACUGAACUGAAGCAGUCUGCAGUAAAGAUACAAGCUGCAUUCAGGGGUUACAGAGUUCGGCAAAACCAGAGGAAGAGGCACAAUGCCGCCACAGUAAUCCAAGCUCAGUUCAGGAUGUACAGAGUGCAUACAGCUUACCGAGCGCUAAAAUGUGCUGCCAUGAUCAUUCAGGACCGCUACAGGGCCAAGGUGCUGAAGGACAGGGAGAUUCAGACAUACAAGGCAAUGAAAUGUGCUGCUGUUGUCAUCCAGGCAGUGUACCGUGGCCAUCUGGUCAGGAGGAAGGUGGCAGAGAUGCACCGGGCCGCCACACUCAUCCAAAGAAAGUUUGUGACCAUCAGAGAAAGAAGGCGAUUCCUCGCUGUCAAAGCAGCAGCUUUGGUAUGCCAGCGUUGGUACCGAGCAGUAACGCUGGCAAAAACACAGCGCCUUGACUAUUUGACAAAGCUCAGAGCAGUUGUGUGUUUGCAGGCGGCCUAUAGAGGAUUCAGAGUGAGGAAGCAGCUACGUAUCAUGCAGACGGCAGCUGUAACAAUUCAGUCUCACUUCAGAAAGUUCCAACAGAGGAGAAACUACACGAGACUCCGCUGGGCUUCCACUGUACUGCAAGCACGUUACAGAGCUAACAAACAGAUGAGGGCAGACAUGCACUCCCUGAGCGCCAAGAGAAACGCCGCUAUCGUCCUACAAGCUGCCUUCCGUGCAAUGAAGACCAGGCAGAAGCUCAAGCAAAGACAUCAGGCUGCCACAGUUAUCCAGAGAGCUCACAGGGCCUUCUGUGAACGUGAGCGCUACCGCCGACUGAAGUCCUCCGUUCUUGCUGUGCAGCGCAGGUACCGGGCCAAUGUGGCAAUGAAGAAACAGAGAACAGUGUUUGAGCAAACCCUCAGAGCAGUCGUCAUCCUGCAGUCGGUGUACAGAGGACAGCUGGUCAGAAAGGAGGUAGCCUGCCAGCAUCACGCUGCCACUGUCAUUCAGUCUGCAUUCAGAAGGCACAGAGAAGUCGUCAGAUUUCAGACCAUGCGCCUGUCAGCCAUCAUCAUCCAGAGACACUACCGCUCCUACACUCAACAACAGAGAGCACAGCUGGAGUUCAGAUCCAUGAAAUCAGCAGCUGCAGUCCUUCAGCAGCAUUACAGAGCCUUUGUGACUGGAAGAAAGAUUAGGAAUACUUACCUGCAGAAGAAAUCAGCGUGCCUUAUUCUCCAAGCUGCGUUUAGAAGCAUGAGAGUCAGGGCAGAGCUCAGGAGACGGCAGCAGGCAGCGACUGUCAUUCAGUCUUCAGUGAGGAUGUUCCUUUGCAAGAAGAAAUUUCUCCUCCUCCAGCAUGCAGCCGUCAUCAUCCAGAGACGAUACAGAGCCCUUCAGCUCUGCAGGGCACAACAAAAGAAAUUCACUGAACUGAAGCAGUCUGCAGUAAAGAUACAAGCUGCAUUCAGGGGUUACAGAGUUCGGCAAAACCAGAGGAAGAGGCACAAUGCCGCCACAGUAAUCCAAGCUCAGUUCAGGAUGUACAGAGUGCAUACAGCUUACCGAGCGCUAAAAUGUGCUGCCAUGAUCAUUCAGGACCGCUACAGGGCCAAGGUGCUGAAGGACAGGCAGAUUCAGACAUACAUGGCAAUGAAAUGUGCUGCUGUUGUCAUCCAGGCAGUGUACCGUGGCCAUCUGGUCAGGAGGAAGGUGGCAGAGAUGCACCGGGCCGCCACACUCAUCCAAAGAAAGUUUGUGACCAUCAGAGAAAGAAGGCGAUUCCUCGCCGUCAAAGCAGCAGCUUUGGUCUGCCAGCGUUGGUACCGAGCGGUAACGCUGGCAAAAACACAGCGCCUUGACUAUUUGACAAAGCUCAGAGCAGUUGUGUGUUUGCAGGCGGCCUAUAGAGGAUUCAGAGUGAGGAAGCAGCUACGUAUCAUGCAGACGGCAGCUGUAACAAUUCAGUCUAACUUCAGAAAGUUCCAACAGAGGAGAAACUACACGAGACUCCGCUGGGCUUCCACUGUACUGCAAGCACGUUACAGAGCUAACAAACAGAUGAGGGCAGACAUGCACUCCCUGAGCGCCAAGAGAAACGCCGCUAUCGUCCUACAAGCUGCCUUCCGUGCAAUGAAGACCAGGCAGAAGCUCAAGCAAAGACAUCAGGCUGCCACAGUUAUCCAGAGAGCUCACAGGGCCUUCUGUGAACGUGAGCGCUACCGCCGACUGAAGUCCUCCGUUCUUGCUGUGCAGCGCAGGUACCGGGCCAAUGUGGCAAUGAAGAAACAGAGAACAGUGUUUGAGCAAACCCUCAGAGCAGUCGUCAUCCUGCAGUCGGUGUACAGAGGACAGCUGGUCAGAAAGGAGGUAGCCUGCCAGCAUCACGCUGCCACUGUCAUUCAGUCUGCAUUCAGAAGGCACAGAGAAGUCGUCAGAUUUCGGACCAUGCGCCUGUCAGCCAUCAUCAUCCAGAGACACUACCGCUCCUACACUCUUGCACGGCAACAAAGAGAAAAGUUUCUGGAACUGAAACGAUCAGUCACUGUCCUUCAAGCAGCUUUCAGAGGCUGGCAUGUCAAGACAGACAUCAGACGACAAAACCAAGCAGCACUUGUGAUUCAGUCUUGCUGGAAGGGCUCAGUGGAGCGCCGUGCAUUCCAGAGAAAGAUAAAGGCCGUUGUGAAGCUGCAGCAAAUGUUCAGGACAGUGCUGCUCAGCAGAGUAGAGAGGACCAGCUACAUUCGAAAGAGGAACGCUGCCAUCACACUUCAGAAGCACUGGCGAGCCUGGAUCACAAAACGGCAGGAACUGGAGGCCGCCCAGGCUGAGAGGAGGCUCCGUUUUACAUCAGCAGUCUUCCACCAUCUCUGUGCCAUGAAGAUCCAACGUGCUCUGAGGGCCCACUGGGCUCUGAAGUCGGCGAAAAAACAGGUUCAUUAUGUUGUCGUCAUACAGCGAUGGGUGAGAUCAAGACAGCAAAGAAAACGUUUUCUGGAAGACAGAGGGAAUGUGGUUAAAGUCCAGAGAGCUGUCAGGAGCUGGCUGGCUCGUCGUCGGAAGGCUGCGAUUGUCAUCCAGCAAGCCGUCCGGAGAUUCCUCCUCGUCAGGCGCCAGAAGAGGGCGCAGCAGGGCAUCAUCAAAGCACAGGCUUUGUGGAGAGGACACCGUUCGCGGAGACAGAGCGACAACCCGAAGUUGGUGGCAUUGAGGCACCGCUUGCGUCAAAUAACAGCCACAGCCAAAGAGGAGGACAAGCUCAUCAACAAGACAUUGCUUGCCCUUGACCACCUCCUUCAUUACAAGUACUUCUCUUACAUCCUGGAGGCACUGAAAAACCUGGAGAUCACCACCAGGCUGUCCCCAGAGUGCUGCCAGCAGCUUUUAGGCAGCGGAGUCACCCAAGUCAUCUUCACACUGAUCCGCAACUGCAACAGGAGCGUCGCCAGCAUGGAGGUCAUCGCCCUCUCCAUCCAGGUCCUCCUCAACCUGUCCAAGUACCACAAGACCAUCGACAUGGUGUAUUCUGUGGAAAAUUCGGUGGACACACUGGUAGAUAUGCUGCAGAGAUAUCGAGAGAAGGCAGGUGAUAAAGUGGCAGAAAAAGGCAGCAGCAUUUUCACUAAAACCUGCUGCGUUCUUGCCAUUCUGCUGCAGGACCAGGCCCAUGUUCAGGAGGUCAUGAAGCAGCCCAAAGUUGUGGACAGGAUCCGCAGUAUCUAUCACUUCUAUCUGCGAAAACAGAAGUUGGACAAAGAAAGAACCCCCAUCAAAUGCAAAAUGUUGGCCUCAGACAACGCGACUGCUCACAGAUCCAAUCCUCGGUCAAGAUUCACCCCAGAUUGGAUUAUUGGAAGACAAAAGCAACACGAUGUCACUGACCCUUUUAAGGGAAUACGGUUGAUUGCCGAAGCUUUGAUUUUAGUCUGAGAGAAAAAAACAAUUGUAAAUAUUGAAAAUGUGUGUUUCUGU